AGAAAGCUCUCAAGACGAGGAAUCCGUGAAGGCCUAGUUUAUCAAUCGAAGUUGUGUAAGGCUUCCAAAUCGUCCGAGCAAAACACAACCUCGCAGAAACGGAUUUACUCUCCCAAAGUUUCUUUUGAAGGUCAUAAUUUGGAAUCCACAUUAGAGGUGGGAGUAAUCUCCACUAAUUUGGAAGUGACGGAUACUGAUCUUUCGGAUUCAUCAGAUGAUGAAUUAGGAGCUAUGCCUGUACCAAGGUUAUUAACGGACCGAGAGCUGCUUGACUGCUUAGCAAACCCCAAACCUCACACUGAACCUCUAUUAGCGGAUGAUGAAUUGAUUUCUCCUCAGACUGAAGUUUCAGAAUCUAAUGCUUCGGGUGGAAAAGUUUUGGAAGUGACGCCUGUUAAAAGAAUACUUUCUGAUCGUGAGCUGCUAGACCGAGUUGUUGACACUGAAUGGGACUCGGCCAGUUCUAGAUUGCUACCUCGACGGAGUGCUCGUCUCAAGGCUAAAAAAAUAGAUGAAGCAUAGGGUCGCUUCUAUCUUUACGGAACUAGCUUAUGGAUUUUUUGGGGAUGUCAUCUCUUUCGGGCAACUCAAGACAAUUCAUCGGGGAGCUAUUUGUUUUACUUUAGGGAUUUGAUUGGUGGCGGAUUUGUAGGGUCUUUUUGAGUUGUUCACUCAUUAGCGAUUUAGUUUCUCUAUUUUUUUUUUUGUUUAAAAAAAAACAUAAUGUUGCUGAAAAAAAAAAAAAAAAAACUAGGAAACGAGUUCGCCGGAAAACACCCAUUCUAGGGGCUGUUUUCGUAUCGACGUUUAGGGGUUGAGCUAGCACUUUGAGGAGGCUGUUUAACACUCAUAUUUAAUCAAGGGAUCAGUUCUUAAUCCACCUUGACCAAAGCUUUGACCAUUGGAUCAAGAAGGAAAAGUUUAAAGCUCAAUUAAGGUGAGGAUUGACAUCUAAUUGCUUACAACUUGUAGGUUAAGCAUGAGAUUACCUAAAUGCCUAAAUCAUAGUUUUUCAUGGAUUAUGAUGAUUAAAUACUGAUGAAA